GCAUGGGUCGGUAAGGGAUGGACCCUUCCUUGCCCCAAAACCUGGAGGAAUACUCCGCUUCCUCGACAAUCAUAAAAUUCGACCGCCCCAUCCCUUUACUCCGGGGCCCCAUCCCAGCCGGCUCCUCCGACGACCAUUCAUCCGGUUCAUACCUCCUCGCCUUCAAAGACCUUCCUUCCUGGGCCGCUGCAUACAAAUCCUGCCAGUCCAAAAUCAUAUCUCAAUGUGAGGAAGGCGCCAGAAUCGGGUGCGCCGUCACCGCGUCCAACAAGUGUAAACCUCCCUGGUGGCAAUCUCUGGUUGGCUGGAAAUCAAUGGACUUAAAGGAGAGAGAGCGCUGCGAAGAUCGUGAAAUGGAAGGGUGUUUGGUCGCGGCCAAGGAAAAGUGCGUCGGCUUCGCUAAGGAGAAAUGUACUAUGCCGUUUUUGGACGCGAGAAUCGCGGUGGGGGAGAGGGAGGUAAGGAACAAAGUGGUCGGGAGGAUGGUACUUGUGGCGUCGAUGCCGGAGGAAAGUACGUGGCACGAUUUGAUUGGGUUGGUUAAGUUGGGAGAAUGUGAGUUUACGGUGACCAAUUAUAGAGCGAGUCACUUUCUGAGAGCUGGUGCCCGAUUGCAAACGUGAAAGUUGCAGAUUUUUUGUGGAAUUUUGAAGCAGUUGCAACCUUAAACUGACAAUUGGUGCUGUUGCGGAUAGGCAACGCUAAGCUAAGGUAAUCAUUGGGUGGAAUAAAGAAAUUUUUGGGGGCAGGGAGGACACGAGGUUGGCUAUCCUACAAUGCACUUCAUGGGAGUGCGAUCUGGUGUUCUCCACGGGAGCGUGAGAUCUGGGGUGUGCGUUCAGAUCUCGCGUUCUCUUGGGAAGAUUUGGCAUUCCAUGGUUCGAUUCGGUUGUGAAGUGGCUGACCAGUGUAAGGAAUGUCGUUGUCCGAUCUGAAAAAGGGAAAAGAGGGGAGUAAAAAAAAAAGGUAUUUUAGAUAUUUUAUAUUUAG